GCGCCAACCAAUCAUAGACAUAGAAACGUCAUCAAAUGGCGCUGUCCGUCCACACGUGAAUGUGAGGAAAUAUUGGAAGAGCUUUUUUAAAUAUAUAUAUUUCUUUAGGAGCUGAAACGCAGUCUGGAUAAAAUGACACAUGUAACGUUACCAGAUGAGAGAAAAAAGCCGAAGAAAAGCAAAAAGAGAAAGGCUAAUGAUGAGGACUCUGAAGCAGCUGUUCCUGAUCUAGAUGUGGUGACACCACAGAAAGAUGAAACAAACACACUCGCUGCUACAGAAAGAGCAGAAAAGAAAGCGAAGAAGAAAAAGAAAAGAGAAGCUGAGGAACUCAAACUCAGUUUGGAUGAAAUGACACAUGUACAAGAUGAAAGAAAAAAGCCAAAGAAAGACAAAAAGAGAAAGGCUAAUGAUGAGGACUCUGAAGCAGCUGUUCCUGAUCUGGUGACACCACAGAAAGAUGAAACAAACACACUUGCUGCUACAGAAAGAGCAGAAAAGAAAGCAAAGAAGAAAAAGAAAAGAGAAGUUGAGGACUCUGAAGCAGCUGUUCCUGAAUCAGAUGUGAUGACGCCACAGAAAGAUGAAACAAACACACUCGCUGCUACAGAAAGAGCACAAAAGAAAGCGAAGAAGAAAAAGAAAAGAGAAGUUGAGAGUUCUGAAGAGGUAAACUCGUCACAGCAAGAAGAACCACCUGGAGCAGAGGAUGAAAACGGCUCAGAUGGUGAGGAAGAGCUGAGUCCAGAGGAGAAACGAGUUCUGGAGAGAAAGUUGAAGAAGAUUCGGAAUAAGGAGUUGAAGAAGAAAUUAAAGGAAGAAGGCAAAAGCAUAAAAAAAGACAAAGUCAAGACGAGUCUUGCAGAGAAGGCGGCGCUGGAAUACCUCACAUGCUGGUCUGAGAGGCGAGACGAGUGGAAGUUUCUCAAAAGCAGGCAAACAUGGUUACUGCAGCACAUGUAUGACACCACAAAGGUGACUGACGAUCAUUUCAAGGUGUUGCUAGAGUAUAUUGAAAGUAUGCGUGGAGCAUCGCGCGACAUCACAUUGCAGAAAGCUGAAGCGAUUGUGCGCUGGGAAGGACAAGGAGAAGAGGCGGAUCAGAGGCUGCUGAGAAGAAAAAAAGAGAGAGCCAAACAGGUCGUCCAGUUGCUCUGAUAGACCAGAACAUUGAACAAAACAUCAAAAUGAACUGUUUCUUUUUUUUGUGACUGUAUAAAUGUGCCAUUGUACAUUUUCAUUCAUUAAAUCAUUGCUGUGGAUUUUAAAGGUCUGCCUAUCUUUUAGUAUGUCAAUGACAGUGUUGGGGAAAGUUACUUUUAAAAGUAAUGCAUUACAAUAUUGCAUUACUCCCUUAAAAAAAAGUAACUUCUUUACAUUUUAUGGAAAGUAAUGCUUUAAGUAAAUUACUUUUUAAAUCUAGAGGGUGCAGCUCAAACAAAACUUUUGGCUGUGCUGCCAUUCUGGAUUGCAUGGAGAAUAGGACACAGGAGAAGAAAGUGCAACACUCAUUAGCAAUAUAUAUUUAUCUAAAGUCAUUUUUGCUUAUUAGUAUAGUUGAAUUGGUCAACAGCAACGACAUUGGUUAAUAAAA